GCCCGCUUCGCUCUCCUGCCUCCUCCAAUCGCGAGCGCCCUUACUGCCGGGUGGGCUGAGCUAGCCGAGCUGCACGCCCAGCUGAUCCGAGGCUCAGCCAUGUCAACUCCAGAUUCAGGCAGUCCUGGGCAGCCAGCUCCUUUUCCUUCAGCCUCACGACCACCACCACCAAUUCUACCCCCUCCAUUUAUGCCUCCUCCUGGGAUCCCACCACCAUUUCCACCCAUGGGAAUGCCCCCAAUGGGACCACGGCCACCUCCUAUGCCGCCUAUGCCCCCUGGCAUGAUGCCACCUCCCCCUAUGAUUCAACCUAUGCCUGGACCACCACCCCUGGGUCAGAUGCCCACGAUGGUGCCACCAAUGCUGUCUGGGAUGAUCAUGCCAGGGGUGCCAGCUGGGCCUAUUCCUGUUUCUGGAGGAGCAGCUCCUGUUACUGACCCAUCUAACACCACAGUGACUCAAGCAGCAUCUGUGAAGCCAGCAUGGAGUGAGCAUAAAGCCCCUGAUGGGCGGAUCUAUUAUUAUAAUGCUGAAACCAAACAAUCAAGUUGGGAAAAGCCAGAUGAACUUAAGUCUAAGGCGGAGAUAUUGCUGUCGCGCUGUCCUUGGCGUGAGUAUCGCUCAGAAACUGGGAAAUCCUAUUACUACAACACUCAGAGCAAGGAGUCACGCUGGACCAGGCCACGAGAGCUGGAUGACAUUGAAGCAUUGAUGAAGGAGGAAGAGGAGGAAGCAGAGAGGCAGCACCUACCUCAGCAACAGGAGCCGCCAUUGUUGGGCCCUGCCAGUCCCACCCCGUCUUCCGCGGCCACCUCAGACACAGAAGGCACUGGGGGUGUUGAAGAGACCCCAGGGACUGAGGGAGUCCCAGCUGCUGUUGAGGAGGAGGUCACAAGCAGUUGUGAUCCCCUCCGGAGAGAUGAAGAAGAUCGUGGCAGUGGCAGUGCCUGGAGCAACAAAGAGGAAGCGAAACAAGCUUUUAAGGAGCUGCUCAAAGACAAGGGUGUUCCAGCUAGUGCAUCCUGGGAACAGACCAUGAAGAUUAUUAGCAGUGACCCCCGUUUCAGUGCUUUGCCCAAGCUGAGCGAGAAGAAGCAGGCAUUCAAUGCCUACAAGGCUCAACGGGACAAAGAAGAAAAGGAAGAGGCCAGGCUGCGGGCAAAGGAGGCAAAGGAAGAACUGCAGCGCUUCUUGGAAGAACACAGCAAAAUGAAUUCUACCACCCGCUACAGGAAAGCUGAGCAAAUGUUUGGUGAGCUGGAAGUGUGGGCCAUGGUGCCUGAAAGGGAUCGCAAGGAGAUCUAUGAUGACGUUCUUUUUUUUCUGGCCAAGAAAGAGAAGGAGCAUGCCAAGCAGCUGCGCAAAAGGAACAUUCAAGCUCUGAAGAGUAUCCUGGACAGCAUGAGCCGUGUCAGCUUCCAGACCACUUGGUCUGAGGCCCAGCAGUACCUAAUGGACAACCCCAGCUUUGCCGAAGACGAAGACUUGCAAACUCAGCCUGGCCUGCUCCCAACUUUCCCUCUUUCAGACAUGGACAAGGAGGAUGCCUUAAUCUGCUUUGAGGAACACAUCCGGACUUUGGAGAGGGAGGAGGAGGAGGAACGUGAACGGGGUCGAUUACGGGAAAGGCGUCAGCAACGGAAGAACAGGGAAGCCUUCCAGGCCUUCUUGGACGAGCUUCACGAAUGCGGGCGCCUUCACUCCAUGUCCACUUGGAUGGAGCUGUAUCCCUCCCUCAGCACCGACCGACGCUUUGCCAACAUGUUGGGCCAGCCUGGCUCCACCCCGCUUGACCUCUUCAAAUUCUAUGUUGAAGAUCUGAAGGCCCGGUUCCAUGAUGAAAAAAAGAUCAUCAAGGAUAUUCUCAAGGACCGGAGCUUCAGUGUGGAAAUAAAUACAACCUUUGAGGACUUUGCUCAUGUCAUCAGUUUUGACAAGCGUGCUGCCACGCUGGAUGCUGGCAACAUAAAGUUAACUUUCAACAGUCUGCUGGAAAAGGCUGAGGCACGGGAGCGUGAACGGGAAAAGGAGGAAACCCGGAAGAUGCGGCGGAAGGAGGCCGCCUUCAAGAGUAUGUUGCGUCAGGCAGCUCCUCCUCUAGAGCCCAAUACCCCCUGGGAUGAGGUCAGAGAGCGGUUUGUCAACAAUAUUGCCUUUGAGCAGAUCACACUAGAAUCAGAACGGAUCCGCCUCUUUCGUGAAUUCCUGCAGUUGCUGGAGAGUGAGUGUCAGCAUUUCCACACAAAGGCCAAGAAGCAUGCCAAGAAGCCAAAGAAACACCAUCGCAAGCACUCUGCCUCGGGCUCAGAGUCCGGUUCAGAUCAUCCCCACCGAGCAGCCAAGCGCAAGAAACGAAACCACUCAGAAUCUGCCGGCUCAGGGGCCUCGUCUUCCCCUGACUCAGAGCACAGCCCCAGGCGUGCCAAGAGGCAGAAGAAGAAGAGCAAGAAGAAACGGCAUAAGUCGAACAGCCCUGAAAGCGAAGCUGAGCACAAGGAGCCAAGCCGGGCGGAAGAGUGGGAGCGAGGGAAGGCACCUCUGCGACCUGAGGGGAGGGGCCACUCCCCUCCCCGGGGCACUCGGAGGGAGCGGAGUGGUUGGGACACCUCAGAGAGCGAGGAGCUGAGCGAAGGGGAGCUGGAACGUCGGCGUCGGACUCUGCUGCAGCAACUGGGUGACCAGUAAUUGACCCCCUGCCUCUUUUGAGGCACCCCUCUACACCAUUGUAUGAGAAGCAUUCAGUCCUUGUUCCUGUGGCAACUCUGCCUUGUUUUAGCCUUGGUGGCAUCCAAGCCAAGCGUAUGCACUGCUCUUGCUGGGCCCCGCACGUUGGGUCACAGUCUUCUUCAUUACGUUCACCUGCUUCUAAGAGGGGAGCAGCUGCUCCUGCCCGUUGGCAGCAGUCAUCUCCAGCGACACCACCAGUCUACAUCAAACAUCAGGACAGGGAGGAAGUUCAGGUGUCCCUUGUGGAUCUGGAGGGCAUCACCAAAAUUGAAACCCGGCUCUUGGACCAUCCAGCAGAGGAAUGGGGGAAUUACAUCUGAGCACCAGAAUGAAUGAUGUCUGUCUCCAGUCAAGACUUCAGCUGGGCCACACUAGCUCAGACCCUCCUUUGGCCUAGAUGCAAAAUGGCGGCAGGAAACAGCUAAGAUACAGCAUGAGUCUUGUCUCAUCUGGAGACAGGAAUAGGCUACAUGAUCUUCUGGAAGGUUAUCACUGUGACUGGAUCCUUUUCCCUGGUUGCAGUAUCCCCUCGUGAGUUAAAGAUUUAAUGGAAUUUUUCAAACAAUAUUUAUAAUAAAUCUGGAUUGAAGAUACCAAUCUGUGGCCUCCUGUAGAAAAUUAGUUUAUAUUGGUUCCAAAUGAUUUUUUUUGAGGGGGGGGGGGAACCCCUCAAAAGUAUUUUCAUAACCUAUUGGACUGGAUCUAUGGUGCCUCUAAUCCCCCAAAAUAACAGAGGACUUGAAAGUUUGCUGGCAGGUAUAUAUAAAAAAAAAAGGGAAGAGAGGAUAUGCAAAUAUCCUAAAUUGGUACGUGUGGCAAAGUAGCCAUGCUGGGUGUAUAUUAUGAGAUUCAUCCAUAAUCAUUGUGUGAAUAAACAAGAUACAAAUGCUGAUCAGAUUGCUGGUUUCCACAUUUUUAACUGAUGGAUGCCAUAUGUCCGUAUUUAUAACCAUGUACUACAAUUUAUUACGUUCACUUACAUUAUUUCCACAACUUGUUUCCCUUACAAUUUCUUUUUCAUAAACCAGAAAAGCUUUUUCUCAAAAAUUGACCUCCCAAUUGACUAGAUGAUGGCUGCCAUCUCUGCUUUGGAGAAGGUGAUCUUAAGUAAAAGUGACUCCAGAGAAUUUCAGACCUCUUUUCAAAGUAUACUGAGGAAUCUCAAGAAAUUCAAAAUAUAUUUAGAGAUGGGGUGGGGUGUUGAGGCCUGGAUCUGACCCUUUUAGUAACUUUCCCAAGGCACACAGACAUAAUCCAUUUGGCAUCUCUCAAAUGAGCAACUCUUAAGUUUGGGGAGGGGAGAGGGAAAUCGCACAAACCAGGGAGGUGAAAAGGCACAUUCAUUGGCAAUAAAUGCAAAGAUGUAUAUAGCCUUUGGUUCUGUUUUAUUUUUCCCCCUUCUCCAUUAGUAGAAAUUCUGUACAGUUCAAGAGGAAGGAAGGCAUUGGCUUACAGUAUAAUCAAUAAUAAUUUUCACAUGUACAAAAAAGUUACAUCUAGCUACACAGAAGGACUAUGCUGAAGUGAUUAUGCUGUAAACUGUCCAGAAGUAACGUUGAGAAUACUCUGCCCUCCCUGGGAAUAGCAUUGACUUGAACAGGGUGAGAAACUUCUGUCAGAAAGCAGAGUGGAGAAUUAAUUGGUCCCAUUUGGUUUAUUGGAAAAAAAUAUUAGUGUUUGCUUCAGAAAUCGAAGUGGCUACAACCUCAACCUUCUCCCCAGGUUUUCUAUACAGCAUUGAAAUAAUGUCAAAUUCAUUCUUAUUUCUUAAGGGUGUUUUCACCCAUUAAAUUUUUCAUGACAGUUUUCACUUUACGAGCUGGAUCUUAAGUUCCCAUGCUGGAAAAAGCAAGCCUUCUGAAUGGCAGAUGUCUUUUGUCCUUUGGCUGCACUGCAACAGAAAGCGUUGAUGUCUGGCCCUUGUGCCAGAUAAAAAGCAAUUUAGCCAAUACAUGUCCUUGAAGACAAUUGUGCAUGUGUUGCUUUUAUUGUUUUCACAAUGCCACUGCUCUCAGAAAAGGACCAGUGUGUGUUGACCUUCCCAGGGAGAUACCCAUCAUCCUGUUGCUAAGUGCAGCCAUCCAGACGUGUCUUGGAGGCACAGAAACAAGGCAUAAGUUGCCCUGCUGGGUGUCUCCGAUAAUUGCAUAUAUGCAGGGCACUAUCCUGAGCCCUGAAACAGCAUAAAGUUCCUGCUGUCAUUCUGUAAGGAAUAAACCAUGGUGCCAUUACAAUUAAGACAUGUUAGUCAUGAAAACUAUAUGCAUGCUUUUCAUGACCAACGUGUGGGUUCAUGCCACAAAUGUAUAGCUUUAAGUCAUCAACAUUUGAGAUGAUGUGUUGUAUUAGCAUUCACAAUGCAGUUCUAGGCCAGGCAGCUUCAACAUUGACAUCAUUGUGUUCAGGGUCCUUUAUCUCCAAGUGACUAUGUGAAAGCAACGUUAAAAAUAUGCCUGAUGGUAUUGA